CGCUCUUUCCCAUGGCGUUCAUGACAUCCUUGCGCACCUGCAGUGCGUGUGCUACAGCCCCCAUGCUACAAUCGUCCCGUUUUCUCUGCUCGCAUUCAUUGCCGCCUGGAGGUGUGACGGCGUGGGUGCGUCGGUUUGGCUCGAGGAGGAAGCUGACCGCCGAGGAGAUCGAGAUGCCCUUCGCGGGCGUCCUGGCGAAGCAAUACGUGCACAGACCGGAAUUCAAGAAGGUCAGCAAACAAAACACUUGAGGGACCGACGGCAGGCGGCUAUCGCGUGCGGUUUGCUUUCAUCUGUGGCUUCGUUUGUGUGCUUGUGUGUGCUUGUGUGAUCGUCAGACGUACGAGGGCAUCCCGAUCUUGCGUCAGCUUGAGUACGAUGGCACAUUGGUGGAUGGCAUCGAGCUGCCGUUCCCGCUGGAGGAGGGGGUGGCCAUGUACCAGACCAUGCUCAAGCUGACCGUGUACGACCAGAUCAUGUACGACAUACAAAGACAGGUAGGUAGGGUAGGCAGGCAGGUGAGUGAACUAGGUGGCUUACUGUCCUGUCCACCACCCAUUCGUCCAUCCACACGCCAUGCCCUCCAGGUGACACCCUGUGUGUGUGUGUGUGUGUCGCAUGGCAUGCAGGGUCGUAUAUCGUUCUACAUGACCAACUCAGGCGAGGAGGCAGCCCAGGUGGGCUCGUCGGCAGCCCUGGACCUGGGCGACGUCAUCUUCCCGCAGUAAGAGGAGGCACGAGCUCGCAAAGCAAGGAGUCUCCCUCCCUCCCUCCCUCCCUCUGUGCUUGCAGGUAUCGCGAGUUGGGUGUCUUGAUGUGGCGCGGCUUCACGCUGCAGGACAUCGUUGACCAGUGCUUCAGUACGUCAGACAGUACUGACUGACACAGAAAGGAGGCAAGCCCAGACAGUAUGUCACGUUAUGCGGAUGGGUGGCUAUCCUUGUGCUGCACACACGUCAGGUCUCAAGGGCGACCCGGGCAAAGGCAGACAGAUGCCCGUCCACUACACAAGUAACGAACUAACUAACAAGGAAGGAAACACACAAGCCCAUGACGCGUGUGGCACACGCGUGCAUCGUGUGUCUGUCUGUGUAUCCCCCCCGGCAGGCAAGAAGCUCAAUAUCCAGACGAUAUCGUCGCCCCUGGCCACCCAGAUCCCACACGCCACCGGCUGCGGCUAUGCCUUUCGUAUGAGGAGACAAAAGAACUGCGCCGUCACAUACUUUGGCGAGGGAGCGGCGUCAGAAGGUACGUACGCGGGCAGCCACGAGACACACACGCACACACGAUGUAUGACGGUUAUCUAUUGUGGCUGUCUGUGUGUGUGCAGGCGAUUUCAUCCCGGCCAUAAACUUCGCGGCGACGCUCAAGAGCCAGACGCUCUUCAUCUGCCGCAACAAUGGGUUUGCCAUCAGCACCCCCGUGUCGGAGCAGUACAUCGGUGACGGCAUCGCCGUGCGGGGCAUCGCUUACGGCAUCAACACCAUCCGAGUCGACGGCAACGACAUCGGUAGGUGGGUGGCCCUGCCCUCUCUCUCCACAUGUAUGUCAUAGUGCGGGCUGUGCUGUGCCUGUUGUGGUUGUGGUCGAUUCAGUUGCGUCAUACAACGCCACCAAGGAGGCCCGUCGGCUGUGUCUGGAGGAGGAGGCGCCGUGCGUCGUCGAGCUCAUGACCUACAGGUAACAGACAGGCAGAAACACAGCGCGGAGAGACGCUCCCUUAUGCCAUGCUGUCUUGUUGUGGUGGGUGGUUGGGUGCCUUCACUCUUUCAUCCAGGGUAGGUCACCACAGUACGAGCGACGACGCGAGCAGGUACCGUCAGGACGAGGAGGCCAAGGCCUGGCAGGAGGAGGGCAUGAGCGGGGUCGGGAGGUUCAAACGGUUCCUCAUCAACCAGGUCAGUGCAGUGCACUACACGGCGCGACGAAACACCCACGACAAAACAAAGCCCUCUGAGCCCGUGCAUCGAUCUAUCUUCCUGUUGUUUGUGGGUGCAUAAAGGGUGUGUGGAGCCAGGAGCAGGACAUGAAGUUGGCGCAGGAGACCAAGAAGCAAGCCAUACAGGCAAUCAGGUAUAGCAUAGCGACCAACACUGCUGGGCGGGCGGCACGUACCCGACCCCUAUUCAUUCAUUUGUGUGUGCGGACAGGGAAGGAGACAAAGAGAAGUACUGUCCAAUCGACGAGGGACUCUUCGAGGUGGGCCAGCUGCACCGCACCCACAGAUGACCACUCACUGCCGCGUGUUAUGUGUGUCUAUUCUAUGUGUCUCUGUGGUGUGGAUCGAUUCACUCCCCCAGGACGUGUACGACACGCCAGACUGGCGGCUGAGGGAGCAGCAGGCCCACCUGCACAAGCACCUCGAGACACACGCCGACAAAUACGACAUGAGCAGAUACGAGCCGUCGGCCGCUUUCCCAUUCCCAGCGGACUCGAAACCCAAGAAAUGACAUAUGAGAGGGGAGGGAGGGGGCAGCGAACGUGAUGUAUAGAUAGCAUUGCGUGUGCAUUGUGUGUGUCUACGUGGGUGGCCUUUUUGGUGUGGGUGGUGUUGCAGGAAGGCGUUUGUCGGUCUGAGUGUCUGUCCGCCUGCCUAUGCUUCCGUCCGUCCGUCCGGACGUGUGUGUGCGAGUGUCGGCAAGUGAUUGAUUGAUGAGCGGGCGAGUGAGUAUUUGUUGUUGCUGUGUGAUGUAGGCUUUGGAAUUGCCUGCGGGUGUAGGGACAAACUGGCUGCCCAUGGAUGGAUGGAUGGAUGGAUUUGCUGACAUUGCUGGAAUAUCGACUGCUGUUACAGCGGUGAGUCGGUUCUCCAGCUUUGUCUGUCAGCAGGUCUGUCAAACGCAAGAGAGGGUGUCAAAUGCCACCACCCACAACAAUGACAGUCCUCUGAUCAGCCGUGCUCUCCAAUUUUCAUUCAACAUUAAUC